CGCUGCGCCGCGGGCAGCACCGGCCCCGCCGCGCUCCCGCCGCCGCUGCCCGGGCUCCGGCAUGGUCCUGUCGGUGCUCGCCGGUGUCUGCCUGGCCGCCACCCUCGCCAUGUUCGCCACCGGCCUCACUGCCGGUCACCAGGAGGAUGCUGCCCUCCGCCCUCCCCAGGUCUGACCUGCGCCAGAUGUUGGCGACCAAGAGUGUGGAGAACAUCCAGUUCCUGCCCUUCCUCACCACUGAUGCCAACCAAGUGCCUGUGCCAUAUCCCUGCAGCAACCUGAGCUGGCUGGGCUAUGGCUGCCUGAAGGGGGACGGGACAGUGAUCACCGUCAAUGCCAUCGGGGCAGCUCUGCAGACCCUCUACAUUCUGGUGUAUCUCUACUACAGCCCUGCCAAGCGCCCCGUGCUGCUUCAGGUCCUUCUGCUCCUGGCUGUGGUGGUCACUGGCUGUGGUUACUUCACCAUCCUGGUUGACACAGGGACACGCCUGACACACCUGGGGCUCUUCUGCAGCGUCUUCACCAUCAGCAUGUACCUCUCACCACUGGCUGACCUGGCCAAGGUUGUCCGGUGCAAGUCGACGCGGUGCCUGUCCUUUCCCCUGACUGUCACCACCCUUGUGGCCUCCAGCAGCUGGACACUCUAUGGCCUGCAGCUCCAUGAUCCCUACAUCACAGUCCCCAACGUGCCAGGGAUCGUCACCAGCCUCGUGAGGUUCUGGCUCUUCCAGAGGUACAGGCCAGAGCAGGACAAGUCCUACAGCCCCCUGCCUGCCUGAGAGGUGCCCUCAGGAGCACCCCAACUCUGGCCUGGGCUGGCCCCACCGCUGUCCCCUUGGCCACUCCCAGUGGGACACCAGGAAGGACCUCCUGCCUCCAGCCCUGCAUCCUUCAGCGAAGGCCCUGGAGCUCUCAGAGAAUCCUUUGGGGUACCACAAGCCCCUCAAACCCCAGGGUGGGAGGAUAGUUUUCCAUGCCUAUGGCUCUGCCUGGCAGCAGGAUUUCAAGGGGAAGGGCUUUUGAGUGGCUUCCAGGGGUCCAGGUGUCACUUUUGUAUGGAUUCAAGUGCCUUUUAAUAAAUCAGAGACUUCCCAGUG